UUAAUCGAGCUGGCGCAAUAUUUUUAUAAACACACAAAACUAUAGAUUCUGUAAAGUCCUUUAAAAUGUCGGUAGAUGCUCUAAUUGUGUCCUUCAGCGAGCUGCAGGCUAUAGACCAAGAAGAUAUCAUCAUGUUGGUGGACGUGCAAACCGCCAUCAGGAUCUGCAAUGAAUCUCUGACAAACGAUUCUGCGAGUCUAGAGGAUGUUUUGCUUUUAUGGCUAAGUAAGUUGUUAAGAUCAUAUGUGGAUGAGGCGGUGUGCUGCGUCAAUGCGAUCAAGGAAAUGUGGUCCUGGCUGGAAAGGGUUACAGUUGAUCCGAAAUACAAUGGUCUUGCCAUUGUGACCGAGGCUCUUAACUUUGUCACAGUCUAUAAGGAUCAUUUACUGAGGGGCGGCGAACGUUUAGUGCAUAGCUCGGCCUUUUUCUUCUUAACCAUGAUCAAAAGUUUUCCUAGCGAUCGAAGUACCUUAAAGAUCUGCAUCGAUCUACAUUUGGUUGUGCUCUCCCUUCUAAGAGAUAACACAGCUGAAGCCAAAACUGUAAACACUCGUAUUACUCCCGUGAUAAAAAAACUGACUGCCAUUGCCGAAUAUUUUGGACAAAGGAUUACCCAUGUGCAGGUAUCAAUAAGGACCAGCGAGACAGUGACCUUUAUGUGCGUGCAUUACUUGGAGUUAAUAAAACAGCAGCCAAGGAAGGAGUCGGAGCCGGAGCCUAUGCCCGAGUGGCUAAAGGACACACUGGUGCACCUUUGUGACACAGUUUGCAGCCACUUGGAGACCGUUCACAACAAAGAAACCCUUGCUAUCCCGUUGGAGAAGAUAGAAGAUUACUUAAAGGUUACACGAACUUACCUGCAAAUGAUACAAGAGAUUUUCAGAGUUGGUGUCACGACGCAUUUUUCUGAAGCCGUUGGUUCUUGCCUCCUGGAACUAUUCAGUGAACCAGCACACAGCCAUGAUUUGGGGAAAGAUAUUCCUGCACUCUUAUCAACUUACGUAAAACCGUAUACCAUGCAACUUUUUGAGCUUGUUUAUUUCUUGCCCGACUUUCAAGAGGAUUUUAUCAAUAAUCUGGUUGCGGGUGAGGAUUCCUUCAACCUUUGUCUGAGCUUUGUCACUGUGGUAUGCACGGACAAUACGGCAGUCUCGCCAAAUACUUGCCAAACACUGCAAAGAAUAUUCGAGUACCUGUUUAGGGAUGCCUCUAAUUUUGUGCAUGCGGAGAAUUACGAUAGAGUAAUUGAAGCUUUUGGUAGUCUCUUGUACUUGCUGGAUAAUGAUAUUCUUUUUAACUAUUUCUGUGCUGGGCUAUUUCAAAAGGAUUUAGUCUCAUCUCAAGCGUGCGCCGAUGUCCUCAUGCUGUGCUUCCGCUUGAAAGAAGUAAACAACGGAUGGGACAGCAAGGCCAUAGAGCACGCUGCUCGUUUCUGGAAUGAGUGCAGCAAUUCCUAUGCCUUGUUCUCCCACAAUCCCAGCCAAUGGCACGUGCAGAGAUUUCUUAAAUAUUUUCACAUUAUGAGUCGUCAGAAACUGCCCAGCCUGAGCAUCCGAAACUAUCGAUAUUUGUCGGCGGUGACUGGCUCCAGGGAUCCAAUAGGACGCCACCUGCUGAAGCACCUGGAGGAUAUUUCAUAUGAUGUUCCAACAGAAAUAGCCAAUUAUUACGAAAUCAUAGCAGUUCUGGAAAUUCUGGCGCAACUAGGUCAGACCAACUGUGGCUCGUGGCUCAAGCGGACAUCUGAAAUGGCCAAGCAGCUGAUGGCCAUUGAUAAGGGCUCAACCUUUAUCAGUUCGUACUUCAGACUUGUGUUAGCUUCGGAUCAAGCCACUCAGUUGCUGGUCUUGCGGGGCCUCGCUCCAGUCAUUGGCUGCACCAACUGGCAGCGACAGAAGUUCCUCGCCGCUUGCCAGUCCAGCACAGAUGCCCAACUAAGAGCAUUCAGUGCACGUCACACCAUCAGUGGCGAUGUGCAGCCCCUGUUGGAAGCCUUGGUGGGAAAACGUGAAGACCUACCCUCCGCUGUAGAUGCUACCUGCCAGGAACUUGGCAAAUCAAGCUAUUCCCGCCAGGUCGAACAUAAGUGUCAACCGGAAGCCAGCCUAAAGCGUAAAAGAACGGAAGAAAAUACGCCCAGAAAACUUCUGCAGGCCCUGUACGAAGGCUCCCUAGAAUUAAAACAAUGCAGCAGGGACAGCUUCGAUGCCGCCGACAAAGAGCUACAUAGAAAAAUUAUUGCCAAUCUGAGCAGUAUAUUACCUUGAAUUAAGCCUAUAUAUACCCUUUGAAAUCGUAUGUAGAUUCCAGAAUUUUCAUAAGUCCGUAGCCUCGUCAAAACGAACGAAUUUGUAUUUCUCCUCCGUCUCGGGAGAAAAGCAUUCGGCGGAGUUCCUAUUUGAUAAUUAUCCACCUAUCACAUCGUAUUCGAAACUCAAAUAUACCGAAACGCUUACCAUAGAGGAUGUACACAACAGUGGCCCCUGCAAAGUACGCAGUGAAAAGGAUAUGAAACAGCUCGUAAAGAGCAAUAUGAAUCUUCGUUUUUGAUGGUGAUCUUCUAUAGAGCCUUUUCCUUUUUUUACGUCUACAGCGUUCUAGAUCUGUACGCACACUUACGCUCUUUGUGUGAGCGAGAGAGAUCGAAUUUCCUCAUUAGUGUUAAGAAUCUUAUAAUACAAAGCCUGUAAAUAAACCAACCCCGUCAUUUGAUAUUUAAUAAA